AUGUCUGGUGAACAACCACAUCUACGGCCAAUUGCGAAGGAGUUAGGCGAUUUCAUUGUGCAAACCGCAAGCAAUUAUGCAUGUGGCGGUGCUAUUCCAAUUCAUCGUAACGUCGAAGCCAAAGAACGCACUUCUCUAUCAGCUCCCCCCGUGGUCUUGCGAUGGGACUCUCUGGACUUGUCUUCUGGGGUCGCCAAAAUCACACUUCCCGUGGACCCAAGCAACCCGGAUGACGUAUCAACCUUGGAGAAGUUGAUACGAGACUGCCAACCUGCCAGCUUCGGGAUGAAUGGCAAGGAAGUCCUUGAUGACACUUAUCGGAAAGCUACCAAAAUGGAUCGGUCAAACUUCUCCACCGACUUCUGCCCCUACGAACUGGGCAUUAUAGAUACGAUCGCACAAAUUUUACUCCCAGGUUCAAAAGAAAACAUUCAUACCAAUGGGGUCAAAGCAGAGUUGUACAAGUUGAAUGUCUACGCCGCACCGUCCGGUUUCUUCAAAGCUCACGUAGACACGCCCCGCUCUGAGCAACAAUUCGGAUCCCUCGUUGUGUCUCUUCCAUGCCGCCAUGAGGGAGGACAGCUCGCUGUCCGUCACGCUGGACAUUCCACAACUUUUGAUUGGGGAAAUGCAUCUCAGCAGAACGACGAAGCAUGCAUUCAAUGGGCUGCCUUCUACAGCGACUGCGAGCAUGAGGUUCUAGAGGUGACCAGUGGACACCGCAUCACGCUGACCUACAACCUAUAUUAUGCUCCUGGUCGUGGAGAUUUGGCCGAUAACAGUCCUGCCAUGGAUGUCAAGUCUUUGCCCCUGUACGCGAAGGUAGAUGAGGCCCUGAAGGAUCCGAGCUUCAUGACAAAAGGUGGAGGCUUAGUAGGCUUGUAUUGCCAACACGCAUAUGCUCAUGCUACGACCGAAGGCGCAAAGGCACUUCCAUCAGCUCUCAAAGGAAUCGAUAUGGCUAUCUACUCCGUCUUUCGCAGCUUUGGAUUGGACGUUCAGGCCAUGACUGUCCUCCGCCACGAUAUUUCCGAGUAUUGCAACGACGACGAUGACGUCAAUGAGAUCACGGAGCCCAUACAGAUAGGCGACGAAGUUGUCAACAAGUCAUUUAUCGGUAACAAAGACAAAGGUGUCGUAUUGGGGGGCUAUGGUGCUGCAGAGGGCGACCUCCCCAUGGAGACAAUUGACAGUUGGCAGGGUGAUCUAAAGCAUGUUGCUUGGAUCCGAGGACCCAGUGAUGUGAACAAAAACUUCGGCAUGGCGUACAUGUACGGGAAUCAGCACGAGGUAGAUUUCAUGUACACCAGCCUGGCUUUGAUCAUGGAUGUCCCCCCUGCCGCCGAACGACAACAAAAUGCUUGA